UCAAAGCCCAAGCAUUCGGAUUUGUAUUGACAACAAUAACUGACUUGCUACAGCAGCUGACUUGCCACAGUAGGUGACUUGACUUGCUACAGCAGCUGACUUGCCACAGUAGGUGACUUGACUUGCUACAGCAGCUGACUUGCCACAGUAGGUGACUUGACUUGCUACAGCAGCUGACUUGCCACAGUAGGUGACUUGACUUGCUACAGCAGCUGACUUGCCACAGUAGGUGACUUGACUUGCUACAGCAGCUGACUUGCCACAGUAGGUGACUUGACUUGCUACAGCAGCUGACUUGCCACAGUAGGUGACUUGACUUGCUACAGCAGCUGACUUGCCACAGUAGGUGACUUGACUUGCUACAGCAGCUGACUUGCCACAGUAGGUGACUUGACUUGCUACAGCAGCUGACUUGCCACAGUAGGUGAAUUGAUUUGCUACAGCAGCUGACUUGCCACAGUAGGUGAAUUGAUUUGCUACAGCAGCUGACUUGCCACAGUAGGUGACUUGACUUGCUACAGCAGCUGACUUGCCACAGUAGCUGACUUGACUUGCUACAGCAGCUGACUUGCCACAGUAGGUGAAUUGAUUUGCUACAGCAGCUGACUUGCCACAGUAGGUGACUUGACUUGCUACAGCAGCUGACUUGCCACAGUAGGUGACUUGACUUGCUACAGCAGCUGACUUGCCACAAUAGGUGACUUGACUUGCUACAGCAGCUGACUUGCCACAGCAGCUGACUUGCCACAGUAGGUGAAUUGAUUUGCUACAGCAGCUGACUUGCCACAGUAGGUGACUUGACUUGCUGCAGCAGCUGACUUGCCACAGUAGGUGACUUGACUUGCUACAGCAGCUGACUUGCCACAGUAGGUGAAUUGAUUUGCUACAGCAGCUGACUUGCCACAGUAGGUGACUUGACUUGCUGCAGCAGCUGACUUGCCACAGUAGGUGACUUGACUUGCUACAGCAGCUGACUUGCCACAGUAGGUGAAUUGAUUUGCUACAACAGCUGACUUGCCACAGUAGGUGACUUAACUUGCUACAGCAGCUGACUUGCCACAGUAGGUGACUUGACUUGCCACAGCAGCUGACUUGUCUUACCAUAGCACCUGACUUAUUACAACAGCUGACUUAACUUGCCACAGCAGCUGACUGACUUGCCACAGCAGCUGAGUUGACUUGCCACAGUAGGUCACUUAACUUGCUACAGCAAGUGACUUGCCAGAGCAGCUGACUUACUACAACAGCUGACUGACGUGCCACAUCAGCUGACUGAUGUGCCACAGCAGCUGACUUACUACAACAGCUGAUUGACGUGCCACAGCAGCUGACUUACUACAACAGCUGACUGACGUGCCACAGCAGCUGACUUACUACAACAGCUGACUGACGUGCCACAGCAGCUGACUUACUACAACAGCUGACUGACGUGCCACAGCAGCUGACUUACUACAACAGCUGAUUGACGUGCCACAGCAGCUGACUUACUACAACAGCUGACUGACGUGCCACAGCAGCUGACUUACUACAACAGCUGAUUGACGUGCCACAGCAGCUGACUUACUACAACAGCUGACUGACGUGCCACAGCAGCUGACUUACUACAACAGCUGACUGACGUGCCACAGCAGCUGACUUACUACAACAGCUGACUGACGUGCCACAGCAGCUGACUUACUACAACAGCUGAUUGACGUGCCACAGCAGCUGACUUACUACAACAGCUGACUGACGUGCCACAGCAGCUGACUUACUACAACAGCUGACUGACGUGCCACAGCAGCUGACUUGGGAUAGUAACUAGCCACGAGAGCAUCAGUGACCAACAUAAUGUUACUACAGUUCUCUCUGGUGGUAACUACAGCUCUGCUUGUACAAUCACAACUUGCAAUUAACACCUGGAAUUUUACAUAUGCUACUGAAAAAGCAUGGACUAUUCUAAACACUGAAAAUGGUUCAUCUUUGGAUGCUGUUGAGAAAGGAUGUGCAGUGUGUGAAGAAUUACAGUGUGAUGGGACUGUAGGAUUUGGGGGAAGCCCUGAUGAAAAUGGAGAGACCACCUUGGAUGCUAUGAUUAUGGAUGGG